AUGACAAUUGACUUCAAAAAGCUAAAAGCAGAUAUUGUGCUUUUCACCAUUCGCUUCGAGAAGAGACUUGUGACAACCAAAGCUAACAUGGUUGAAAAAGUGCAAUUGCGCCCAGUGGAGAAACAUGAACUGAAGGACCUCAACGAUCUCCUUGAGCCCUACUUGCCGGAAAAUGUUGCUGAAAAGGGUGCUUCCUAUGAGCUGGAAUCUCAUGUGGAAAAACUGGAGUACGUCUGGGAGAGAGGCCUGGCUUUGAAAUGGGAUGGGAGGAUUCCUGAUGAUAUGGAGAUCAAACCAUUAAGCAUUGAGCAUGCGGAGAUCAUAAACGACAGGUGGAAGUACAAAGAUGAAUUGGUGGGGUGGUAUGUGAUGCAUUCACACGGCAGCCAAGGGAUCCUCCACGUGACGGAGCGCCACCGGGGACGGGGGCUGGCCUCGCUGCUCGUCCGCUGGGUCUCCCGCCGCGUGGCGUCCGCGUGGGGUAUGCUUCCCUAUGCGAUCAUCGACGAGAACAAUCCGGCUUCGUACACGCUUUUUUCGAAAAUCGGCUUUCGCCGGCUUGGGUCUUGCCAGUGGAUCGUCUGCACGCCUGCGGCUGAGUCCACAUCAUGA